AUGUCACCCCCUGCACAAGGCCGUGUUUUGCUCGCAUACUCUGGCGGUCUUGACACCUCAUGCAUCCUGGCAUGGCUGAUCGAGCAGGGCUACGAAGUUUACGCUUUCAUGGCUGAUGUUGGUCAGGAAGAGGACUUCGAAGCGGCUAGAAAGAAGGCACUCAGUGUUGGUGCAAAAAAAUUCUUCUUGGAGGACCUCAAACGCGAAUUUGUAACACAGUUGAUCUACCCUGCUGUGCAGGCAAACUGCAUCUACGAGAAUGUAUACCUACUUGGAACUUCUCUUGCUCGUCCUGUCAUUGCUCGCGGCAUGAUGUCCAUUGCAGCUAAUGAAGGUUGCGACUAUGUCUCACAUGGCUGUACAGGUAAAGGGAAUGAUCAAGUUCGCUUUGAACUUGCCUUCUAUGGUCUGAAGCCCGAUAUCAAGGUCAUUGCCCCUUGGAGGCUUCCUGAGUUCUAUAACCGCUUCCCUGGCCGCCAAGCACUCCUUGCAUACGCGGCGGAGAAGCAAAUUCCAGUGCAACAGACUGCCGCAAAACCGUGGUCAACUGAUGAGAACCUCUUCCAUAUCUCUUACGAGGCAGGGAUCCUCGAGGACCCGAACACCACACCACCAAAUGACAUGUGGAAGCUGACCGCAGCUCUCGAGGAUGCACCAGCGGAGCCUGAGAAUCUCUCAAUCGAGUUCAAGGCUGGUCUCCCUGUAAAGGUUGUUAUCGCAGACCAAACCCCUCUGACCGACGCCGUCGACAUUUUCCUUGCACUCAAUGCUGUCGCGAGGAAGCAUGGUGUCGGUCGUAUCGAUAUCGUCGAAAACCGUUUCAUCGGCGUCAAGUCCCGCGGGUGUUAUGAGUCACCUGGAGCCACUAUUUUACGUGUCGCACAUAUGGACAUUGAAGGUCUCACGCUCGACCGCAAUGUUCGUGCUCUCCGUGACCAGUUCGUCACUAUCGAACUGGGCCGCAUUCUCUACAAUGGUCACUUCUUCACCCCUGAGCGCGAGUUUGUUACUAGUGCCAUUCCCGCAAGCCAGCGCACUGUCAACGGAACAGUGCGCUUGAAGCUCUACAAGGGCAAUGUCGUUGUUGUCGGCCGUUACUCCGAUGAGGGUUUGUAUGAUGAGCAUCAAUCUUCCAUGGACGAGCUCGGUGGUUUUGAGCCGACAGAUACCACGGGUUUCAUUCAAAUUGAAAGCAUCCGUAUUAAAAAGUGGGGUCAGGCUAAUGCUCGCAAGGGCCAAGCUGGUGUUGAGCCGGAGGAUGUUUAUGGCUCCCGCAUCUAAUGAAAUGUUCUGUACCAGAUCUCAAGAACGGAAAAGAAAUGUCGUGCUGAUUGUAAACCGUGUACUUUUAUUGUAAUACAUCUUACAAUGUGCCGAAAGAUACCUUGCAUACUUGUACUCAAACCUUCACUGCAUCGCGAACAAAUCAAUACUGC